AUGGCAUUUGAAGUUCUCCUCGAGGGGAAGCAGUCUGAGGGACAGGAGACCCUAGACGUGCUGCGAUCUCCAUCGACGGAAUCCACAACGAACCACCAUGAAUGGGCGGAAGCUGGACCAGGGGCCACUGGAGGUCCUGACGAGCUUUGCUCGAAUGCCACCUGCGUUAGAAGGUGGGGGAAAGUGCAGGCAGAGAGGUUUCGCGGUGGAUUCUACUGGGUCCUGCUCUCUAUGCUCGUUCCUGCUCUGAUUAUUUCAGUGUUGCGGGAAGUUUGCAGAACCUCCCAAUCGGCCUCCAUCGGCAAGGCCCCAGGAACUUGGAUUCGCAGGCUGUCGAGCAGCGAGGGAAGCACUGAAGAAGACGACACUUUAUCCCAGCUAAUAGAAGUGUGUGCAGAAAUGCAGGAGGACCUCGCGCUAUCCGUUCCCCAACGCACCAACCCAGAUGGUCCGAUGGACGCCGCUGAGCAGGUGGCAAGGAUAGCCUUCGACUUGGAGCUGGAAGCUCUGGCGUUUGAGCGCGCGAUGCGACGAACUCAACAACAAGGCCGUGCAAGCAUACCUUCCCAGCCGCGACACCCUGCAAGUGCGGAUAUCAGUUGUCAACGCACGCGUCAGGCGGAACCAGUCCACAUGCCAGGCCCACAACUUGGUACCCCAAGCAACCUUCAUUUACAGUCCGGUAUCACAGCUUCAGAUACUCAGCCUGCAGGUCUCCCUUCUGACCCUAUGGCUGCGCCCACAGGACCUCUUGGCGAAGAUUCUCAACCUCUCCCUUCCGUCCCCCCGCCUUUGGGGGAUCCCACACCUUUCGAUUGGCCACCGCAGGUUGCCUUGCCGAUUUUACAGUCCGAUUCAGCAGCCCUCCAGGCUUUUGCGGGUACCCAACCUCCUGUUGUUGCCUCAAAUUCGGUUGGUUUGCCUCAUCAGGUUGCAACGUUGCUGGCGCAGGAUGUUGCACAUAUUAAUACGAGGGGGCAACCCCUCAGCCAGCUGCCAAGUGUUGAGCAUUCAGGAUCUGAUCCUGACAUGUGGCUUGAGGAGGGUCCCGCUACUGAAAGUGCAUUAGAAGCUCCCAAACAGAGUUCACAUAGUUCUCACUGGAUGUCACCAGACCCAGCAGCACAUGCCUCAUGGCAGGUCCCUGAAGGAGAGUCAAACACAGGAGCUGCAGGUCUGAGAUCCCCAGCAGAGUCAACAGGGAGCGCACGCAGGGACUCCGCAAGACUACAGCCCGAAGCUGUUGCAGAGGAGGCACCCGCAACAGCAAGAGCGCUAGCAGCGGCAAGGGCUAGUCUACAGGCCGACCUAGAUGCCCAUCCGUAUGUCCGGCUUCCUGGUUUAGCAAGGGGAGUGGUAGUUCCGAACAUUCUACUGUCACGUACGAGUUUUGUGUCCACAAAGGGUCAGCCACUGCGCGAUGCCUUGUUUCCUCUUCGCCAUCUGUUCUCGAGGCUGGAGCUGAGCCAGACGGAAGUUAAUUUUCUAGUGGGGCAUAUCGAGGAAUUGGCGAUUGCGUCGGGCGGGCGGGCGAAGCAAGCUACACUGAUGGGCCGCCCUGGUCAUGGCAUUGCGACCCUCGGGCAGCAGUUUCUGGUGUUAGAUGCCAUUGUGUCAUCACUUCAAGUCCUAGGGAUCUCGCCGCAUUCUUUAAGUUGGUGGGGAAGCUUCGUCGGCUGCUUUGAUACAAGCUAUCGGUUUGCUGAACCAUCAAGUCGCAGCCAAGAGAGGAGCAGGGUUGUCGGCGACUUUGCUAAUCGUCUUCUGGAUGCCAUUUCCACGUUCAAAAGAGGAGGGCGGCCGAAAUCCCAGGAUAUUAUCUUUCUGAAACGGUUUCUUUUUUUCUCUCCCCAUGCGCCGGCGCGCUACGCGAAUCCUUCGUGGGACCAGUGGAGGUAUGACCAUCUACAGUUUGAAGAACGUCAUCCUGCAGCAUGUAAAUUGUUGCGGGCUGAGUGGCCUUCGUAUUAA